AUUUUUAUUUUUAGCGUCAGUGUUUGUUUACAGUUCGGUGAUCGCGCGCUGUUACGUCCAGCUAGUGACGAUUUUCGCGCGUAAAAUUAUGCCGGGUGGAAAAAAACGUCCCCUUUCGGAGUUAGAACUUCAGUAUUUAGCUGAAUAUUUGAGCGAUGUUAGCGAUAUUGACGAGCCAUUUGAUGAUUCAGAUGUAGAUCCAUGGUAUGCUGAGAGUUCGGAAUAUGAUAGCGAAGAAUCUGCCGAAAAUAAUCAAAGAUCUAAAAAAUCUAAAGAUCAACAGCAACCCAAAGUACCGAAAAAUCAAGUCCAGCCACAACAGGGUACCAGUAGUGACGACGAAGAUCAAGAUAUAAAUUUAGUCUGUGCCCAAGUUCAGGCGGCAACAAGAAUACAACCAAACGUAAUUUGGUAUGACGUUGAUGAAGAGAACCUAAAUGAAUUUCCAACCCCGCAGGAGGAUAGUACAUUAGGUCCGAUUGUAGAAACGCGUCAUGACGACAGCCCGCUUUCUUUUUAUAGGUGCUUAGUUUCUGAUGAUUGUCAAUGA